CAGACUGCUUCUACAUACAUUUAUGAAAGACUGUGCAGUAAGUCCAUUUGUGAAAUUUCCUUGCUAUUAAAUAUUCCAUGGUCAACUUUUAGUGGUAUUAUAAAUAGGUGGAAGCAACUGGGAACAACAGCAACUCAGCCACGAAGUGGUAGGCCAUGUAAAAUGACAGAGCAGGGUCAGUGCAUGCUGAAGUGCACAGUGCGUAGAAGUCGCCAACUGUCUGCCGAGUCCAUAGCUAAAGACCUCCAAACUUUGUGUGGCCUUCAGAUUAGCACAACAACAAUGCAUAGAGAGCUUCAUGGAAUGGGUUUCCAUGACCGAGCAUCUGCAUCCAAGCCUUACAUCACCAAGUGCAAUGCAAAGCGUCGGCUGCAGUGGUGCAAAGCACACCACCGCUGGUCUCUA